GCUAUAUUGCCAUUCUUUUACGCUUUCAUCCAGCCCACCAAACUGUAGUAGUGGCGAGUGGCGACGAAGUAAAGAGAUUACAAAGAGAAUAAUAGAGCAAACAAUGCUUUAUCUCCAGUUUAAGGAAGCUAUAGCCUAAAGCCCAAACACGUCCUUUGCAGGAGAAACACAUAUACAUAUAUAUUUUUUCACAUUCUCUUCAAAUUUCUUUCUCAACGUGAUAUUAAGAUUUGAUCAAUUGCUUACAAAUUACAAAAUACUACAGUAAGAAGGGCAUCAUAUCAUCAUGCCACCUCGAGGGGUGCAGCUCAUUAUUCAAGAUCGUCAUGUGAUGAUUGAUAAUGGAAUACUGCAAGUCACUCUUUCGAAUCCAGAAGGAAUCGUCACUGGCAUACGUUAUAAUGGAAUCGACAAUUUGCUUGAAGUUCUUAAUGAAGAAUCUAAUAGAGGGUAUUGGGACCUCGUUUGGAGCACACAAGGAACUACGGGAACGACUGGGAUUUUUGAUGUGAUUAAAGGAACAAGUUUAAAGGUGAUAGUAGAAAGUGAAGAACAAGUGGAGCUCUCAUUCACUCGAUCAUGGGAUCCCUCUCUGGAGGGCAAGCUCGUUCCUUUGAACAUAGACAAAAGGUUUGUAAUGCUUCGUGGCUCCUCAGGCUUCUACUCGUACUCCAUCUAUGAGCACUUACAAGAAUGGCCUGGUUUCAAUCUUGGCGAGACCAGAAUUGCUUUCAAGCUUAGAAAAGACAAGUUUCAUUACAUGGCCGUAGCAGACAACAGACAAAGGUACAUGCCCUUACCCGAUGAUCGUUUGCCGCCGAGAGGGCAAGCUCUGGCCUAUCCUGAGGCAGUGUUACUUGUGAAUCCUGUUGAGCCUGACUUAAAAGGAGAGGUUGAUGACAAGUACCAAUAUUCAUCCGAAAACAAAGACAAUCGUGUGCAUGGCUGGAUUUGCAUGGACCCACCUGUGGGGUUCUGGCAAAUCACACCUAGCAACGAGUUUAGAUCUGGUGGACCCCUCAAGCAGAACUUGACCUCCCAUGUUGGUCCCACCACCCUCGCAAUGUUUCUCAGUGCUCAUUAUUCCGGCGAAGAUUUGGUUCCAAAAUUUCAAGCUGGUGAAGCCUGGAAGAAAGUGUUUGGUCCCGUUUUCAUGUAUGUUAAUUCUGCCAUGCUUGGAGAUGAUCCGCUUUCACUUUGGGAGGAUGCUAAAGAGCAGAUGGAGAUUGAAGUCCAAAGUUGGCCCUAUUGUUUCCCAGCCUCUGAAGAUUUCCAAAAGUCAGAUCAACGAGGCAAUGUUAGUGGCAGACUGCUAGUGAAAGAUAGGUUUCUUAGUGAUGACUACAUAUCAGCAAAUGGGGCUUACGUUGGAUUGGGUCCACCAGGUGAUGUUGGCUCGUGGCAAAGGGAAUGCAAGGACUACCAAUUCUGGAGUAAAGCAGAUGAGAAUGGGUAUUUUUCAAUUAAUGACAUACGAACUGGCGACUACAAUCUUUACGCCUGGGUUCCUGAUUUUAUCGGUGAUUAUCGAUAUGAAGUUGUUAUUACCAUAACUACUGGUUGCGAUAUUGACAUGGGUGAUUUGGUGUUUGAGCCUCCAAGAGAUGGCCCCACAUUGUGGGAAAUAGGAAUUCCUGAUCGUUCUGCUGCAGAGUUCUAUGUUCCUGAUCCAAAUCCUUCGUACAUCAAUAAACUCUAUGUUAAUCAUCCUGACAGGUUUAGGCAAUAUGGAUUGUGGGAGAGAUAUGCUGAAUUAUAUCCCAAUGGAGAUCUAGUUUACACCAUUGGUUCUAGCGAUUUUACUAAAGAUUGGUUCUUUGCCCAAGUUACCAGGAAGAAAGAUGACAAUACAUACCAGAGAACGACAUGGCAAAUCAAGUUCAAACUUGAUAGUGCUGAUCAAAACGGCAUUUACAAACUGCGAAUCGCACUUGCAUCGGCAACAGUUUCUGAAUUACAGGUUCGGAUCAACGACCCAAAAGCGAAUCCAAUAUUCUCGAGCGGACUGAUAGGGAAGGAUAAUUCAAUAGCGAGACAUGGAAUUCAUGGGCUCUACUGGCUGUACAACGUUGAUGUCGGAGGCACUCUGCUUGUUCAAGGAGAUAAUACUUUGUUUCUCACGCAGCCACGAAGCGCCAGCCCUUUCCAGGCCAUUUUGUAUGAUUAUCUUCGUUUUGAAGCACCUUCAUCUUCUUCUCCUUAACUCCUUUUAUAUAUAUAUAUAUAUAUAUAUAUAUAUAUA